AUGGGGUGUCGCGAUCGGGUCCGAGGUUCGACGGAUACACGGUUAUCAUCCUCAUCAUCAUCAUCAUCAUCAUCGUGGUCCUCGCGAGUCUCGGCAGGGGGACUACGUGCAGCAAGAGGAGCAGGUGUCCAGUGGCAGGCACUACUACCGGGAGAGGGUGGUCGAAGAGGACGAGAGUUCGUGGGUGCUGCUGUCACACCUACAGCAGCAACAGCGAGCUGUCGCUUGUGCAUCGCUGGCCCAGGGGAACUUCUAAGGGCCCCGCCAACCCGGACCGUACAGGCAGGCUCCUGGUCCAUCGGCCCGGGACACGCACGAGCGGGGCUGAUUCCGUUGAAAGGAGAGCCGCCGGCGGGCGAGUCAGACGACCCUUUCUCUGGAUCGUCGACCUGGCUUCACACUGCAACAGAACCAAGUUGUUCGAGGAAGCGACUCAAGCACCAUCAGGGGAGAACCAAUGCCAGAUCCGUCAUCAGGGGCUCAACGAAACUCGGGAAAACUCACUGUCAGAAAUUAGAAAUAAGAGGCUCCAGCACUAUCAGUUAUCGGAAUCAGUACCGUGUUUUGGUGAGGUACAGGGCCGUCAAGAGCGGCUUCAAGGCGAAAGCCAGCAGCGUACGCGUGAGGCGAAAGGCGGGCUCAAGCCUUCCUGGCAGCGAUGCGGGGCCUCCCGCAGCACGGCAUACGCGAUCACAAAACGCACAGCCUCUCCAUUUGCACUUGGAGAUUUACUCCUCAUCACCGAGCGGUGUUCCUUGGACCCCCCGCGGAGUCACAAAGUGGGAUCACCAGGAAAAACGAAAGUUGCGCCUUCGGUCGGCGGUCCUCGUCGAGGAGCGUCGACGACAACGACGUGGGGACCUCGAAAGAGUCCCCGAUCUCAUGCCCAUGCGACUCGACCCGCCCCGUGUUUCGGGACCACCCACUACCAGCGAAAGCAAGCCAGCGGCACCACAGGCUGAACAUUCUUCAAGCAAACUCGAAUUAUCUCCCCUCAAUCACUUCUUUCAACAAAAUUCUCGAAUUUCACACUCUUGCUCUCAAAACAUUCAAUUUAUCAAGCACCAAGGAUCCAAUUACAACUCCAAUAAAAGCGAUCAACAACCCACAGCCGGACCUAUUGCUGAGACUGAUAACCUUUCCACAUUUUCUCACAUCGACAAUGCGGAUCAGACUCUCCGAAACAAAGUGUCACUGUUCUCCACCGGAAACCCAUAUUCGUGUCAACGCUAUCAUCCAUAUUUUCAGAAACAGUGGGUUAUCAAGAGAAGAAAAAUUCUCCGAAAGUCAUCCAUUGUGGACACAUCGACAGAUGCAAAACUCAAGUUGUUGGGCUUACCUCCUAACAAUGUGCUUGCUUACACUGCCUUUAUUAACGACGAUAACGGCGACCACGACGCGAAUCAUGUCAAUAGUGACCAAACACAAGUACCAAAUUUCAAAAAUCCGAUUGAUACUCAGGAAGAAUACGAUCAAGAGACCCUACAGACGAAAAUUGCGAGAUCAAGCUGUGUCAAUAAUAAUCUAUCUGAAACAACCACGUGCGUCGUCUUGCCAGGUGAAUACUUCAUCGAUGCCUUCAAGUCCACAAGAACUAUCGCGAGUGAAACGAGGGUCGAGAGAUUUUUCAACGAGACUGAUGCUCGCGACGAGAAUUUUUCACGUAUUAAAAGCAAGAGGAAAAAGACCCCUUCACGGUCUCACUGUUGUUAUAAAGACAAAGACUCGAGCACUGAUGACUUUAGAAACGACAAAAGUGACUACUUGUUUAAGAGCAGGAGAAGAAACAAGAACAAAAGAAACCCCUACACUGCCCUACUCUCAAAGUCAACUAUUCACGAAUGUCGUGAAAGUAAACUUUCCCUCUUCAAGGAUACCAAUCCUUUUUUCUCUAAAACUCGAAAAGCAAAAAGAAGCAAUUCUUCCUUGGGAAUUCUGGGCAAGGGCAACGCGUUGUUUUUCAUCUUGUUCCUUAUGGUGUUGCCCCUGUUGUGCUCUACGAAUCCCUCGGCUCAGGUCUCUUCGGCCUUGGCGCAAAAGUCGCCCCUCUCGCGCAAUGAAGACUACACGCAGCGCAACGGCUCAUUCACGGUUCACCAGUACACCCCGAGCAACAAUUUGCGGCAAGGUCAGCAGAUUGUCCAGGAGCGGCAGAGAGCCCACCCUUACAACGAAUAUGCUUGGGAGGUGAACCAGAUUAACCCGUGGCUGUCGGCGUGCGAUCUAGCGGGUCCGGCUCCAGCCGAUCUCCUGGGCAGUUGUGGUCCCCCGGAGGUGCCCAAGUAUUGUCCGUACCCCUGUAGGCCGACGUCACCGGGUGAUAGCAACGCUGCCUUUCGCGAAGUCAUUGAGAGGCUCAGCGAUAAAAUUAAGAGGAGGAAAUCGAGGUCGGGCAGGAAGUCGCGAGCGGACACGAGUCCUGGCAAGGGGAUGGCUCCGGAACAGUGCCUUUUUUACCUUGAGGAGUCGCAUAAGAGAGACAUCUGUCGGGAUGAUUUUGGUCGGGGUAGUCCGCUGAGUUUUUUAACCCCGAGGGAGAAUCGAUAUUGGUUCACGAGUGGCCUGCGUCUACGGCAUUGCUGCGAGCACGCGGUGGUUAACGCCCUGACGCCUGGCAAGGAUGGCCCGCUUGAAGAUGUUUUGAAUGGGGGCAAAAAAUGCGUUGAUGCCUUGGAUAAACUACUUCUAGUCGAUGCCCUCGCCGCCAGGUUACACUGCGAGUUUGAGGAGGUAUUGGCGCGAUACGACUGCGGGCAAUCGUACUCGGUCAUCCACAAUUGCACCCACUGCAAGGAAGCGUAUAGAAAAUGGGUGUGCAGCUCCCUGGUGCCUUACUUUGCUCAUGGGGGACCGCUGGAAUUGGAAUCCACGCAGAUAUCUUGGGCCGGAAAGAGAUUACGGCCCUGUCGGUCCUUCUGCCAAUCCGUGGAACAACGCUGUCCUUAUCUACUUCCGGGUGAUCGUGCGCCUGCAUACCCCACACAAUACGCAGGCGAACCUACAUUUCUUUGUCAAGAUCCUAAUAUUCCUGAAACGGGGGAACAAUCAGUGAGAGCGUUGCAUGGCGAUGAGAAGAAUGAAUGUUGCUUUCGUGUUUGUUCUGAAAAUGAACCGGGACUGGGUAUUUGCGCCAAUUGUACAGAUCAAAAACCUCAUGGAAGUGUUGUUAUUUCUGAUCCUUCAACAGCACCUCACUGCGAGAUUAAUCCUCUUCCCAUUUCAUCUGGUAAAGGAGGCCAACAUCAGAAGCAACUUGAAUUGAACAUGGCAGGCUCUUCAUCUUCUCCACUGGACCAACAGCAACAGCCCCAGCCGCCGCAGCAGCCUCAGUCCUUCUGUGGCACCGGAGGCGUUGGUACCAUGAUCAGUUCUUCAUCCCCGAGCACAGCAUCCCCAUCAAUACCUAUCCUCUAUCUCUUGUGGGUGUGGGGCGUCCUGAUCCCCAUCUGCACUAGUCAAACAACCAUCACUUGGUGUCUAGUGCUCGAAAUCUUGGUGAAAGCUCUACCCACUUCUCUCACAACUAAUCGACAUUCCCGGCAUCGAGUUCACUCCAGGACUACUAGAGAUCGUGUCGCGUAUCCAGCGAAGCGUCUCUUUCUCGCAAUCUUCCGUCAUGAAAUGGUGAUCAAGUGUUGGUGUCGUUGGUGGUUGUACUGGUGGUGGUGGUCGUGGAGGUGGAAGAGCGGUGAUCCCUGUUUUAGGCUAAACCAAGUGACGAAUAAUAAUAAUAAUAAUAAUAAUAAUACUAAUCAUAAUAAUAAAAAUAAUAGAAAACCCAGGUGUCAGCGUUGUCCCAGAAGAAACUGUGAAUUCGGGUGGCAGCCUCGUCGUCGGAGGCGUCGAAAGCGGCGAAAGAAACGUUUCUGUGCCUCCUGCCAUCACCUUGGGUUCGAUCUCGAUCGAUCGACUUCCUGGAGGAAUCCGUCUUAAGGUCCUUAAACUAGCGUAAGAGCGUAUGACGCGCGGAUGUGCAAUGCAAUUCACCCCGUGUGAAUAUGAUCCUCGCUCGAGGAUCUCGACUCUGCCAUCUCCUGGACCACUGUAGCGCUUCAGAGAAAGCCAUCUCAGAGAGAAGAAAACACCAUCUGUCCAGGAGACUCGACAAGGGUAGAAAUAUCCAAAUGGAGUCGACAAAUGGUUUUUAAAAUGGAAAUACAAAGAAUUGUAAAGAAACGAGGGAGGUAACAAAAAUAAAAAAAGCAAAAAAAAUAUAUAAGCGAGUAGAGAAAUGGGGAAAUUUUAAACAAAUGUGAAUGAAUGAAUGCUUGAGAAAGAAUAUAUAAAUAAUGAAAAGUGCUUGAAAACAAAAAAAAUUAGUUAAACAAAUAAAUAGGGAUGGUGAUGAUGAUAAUUUGCAACGCCAUGCCAACGGAAAUAACAAUGAUCACAAUAAUACAAUAAUAAUGAUUAUAAUAAUUAAAUUAACGAGUAAAGAAAAAAAUAAUAAUAACAAUAACGUAAUGAUAAAAGUAACGUUAACGUAAAGUUAUAACAGCAACACAAUUAUUAUAUACAUUACUUACGGUACAUGCGUACGCGCAUAAGUCAUUUACGGUAACGAUGAUAUUAAUUGGAGCAACAUAGGUAGAUAGUACGUCACGCUCGUUUAAGCAGUACUCAUAAAGGGGGGAUUGUAGGGGGGUGAAAGAACCUGACGGAGAGGAGAGAAGAGGAGAGAGCAACCCUGCCGAGAUGUGAAUAGAUGAUUCGAUACUAUUAUCGAGAUAUAAUAUGUGUUCGUUUAGGCAUUAUAAUAUAAAAUAAAUACUAGGCAUACGAGCUGGAAAAAUAAACACGAGGGUGCAUAGGGGAAAAAUUAUAAGUCAAGAAAUAAUAUUGAAAAAAAAUUAAUUAUUAAUAAUGGAAAAUGAAAAUAAUUUUUUGUAGAAAAAAAAAGUUAAGUGCGGUUUGUCAUUGGCCAUCAUAUAUAUAUAAUAUUAAAAAAGACAACAGGAGUCUUUUUCUUAUGGCACCGAUUUCCUACUAAAAAAAAAAGAAACAAGAAACAAAUCAAGAUAGUUGUACGCACAAUAUUUGAUUGAAUCGCGAGGCGACAAUGAUCAACGGUCAGAGAGAGAAAGAGACACAAAAAGAGAGAAGGAGAAAAAGAAAAGUAUUUUUCGGAUUUUGUUGAAUUCGGGCAGAACUGCGGCGGUCCUUGUGUUCAAGAAAAAUAUUGUCCCUUUCAGACCCCUACACCUCAUCCCUUGUUCUUCUCUACUUGUCAAGAGUCACUAUACGCACAAAUUUUAUUCCGAAAAAAAACUAAGAAAUCGCGUUUUUUACAAGACCAACGUGUACGCUCUCAAGUCGCUGGACCACCCUUCUUGCAGAUCAACGAGAUCCAUCUCGAUUCCGUGGAUUAUUGUCGCCGAAAAUUUGUUAUCCGAGUGAUGAAAUAUGAAUAAUAUCAGAAUGAUGAAAUUUAAUAAAGAAAUGUUAUUUUCAAGUACGUUUGCGCACAUUUACACACAGGCACGCACACGUUCGUAAAAUAAAUGAAACGACUCCUCUUUAUCUAAUAAUCGAGUGAAUUUGGAUUUAGAUUUUAGAUUCAUUUAAUUAUUCGAGUUUUUUUUUAUUGUUUUUGGUAAAUUUCUAUUAUCUGCGUUCAAUUAAACUUUAUUAUGAAAUUAACCACCUUGCUGGAGGUAUAUUUAUCGUAUUAAUUAUUUUAAUUGGAUGCUCAUAUAUAGCAAAGAAACUUUUUUCACACGCUGACUAAUUCAAUUUCACUCGAUAUAUUAUAUGAUAAAUAGGAGAAAUUGCUUUUCCAAUAAUUUCAAUUCUCUUUAAUCGGCCUAAAUAACUCUAAUAGAAGUUAUGAAAAAAAUAUGCUACAGAUAUAUAUGUAUAUACCCAU